AAGAAUUCGGAUGUAGGACUUAGGUUUUUACUAUGGUUACAAAUUUCAGUGUGAGAAAAAAAGUAAAUGGAGUAAGCAGCAGCAUCCAUUUUAUCCAGAGCAAAACUGGUGAACACAAGAGGAAUCUCAGGACAGCAUAUAAGUUUUAACUCUUAAACUGUUCAGUAUUCAGGAACUUUUAUUAUGCAAAGAAAUACUUCUCCUGCCUUGAGCAAUCUGACAUAGUUUGUUGAAUGUCUAAGUUUAACAAAGCUAUUUUUAUUUUCAGGAAAUUAUAUGAUUUAAAACAUGAACGCAUGGAAGACAGUCCUGAACAGACAAAACCCAUAUCUGGAAAUGCAGCAGAAGGUUGCUUGUGUCAGUUGCCAAUCUAACAAGAUCUGUUUGCAGAAGUCAGAAUUAAUAGUAUUCACGCUCCCAGCUUACUCAGUAUUCUAUUUCUCUCAGCAAUAAAUGCCUUCUAUUUUCUUGAAGAAAUCAGCCUUAUUUAUAUAAGUGACUUGCUCACGUUCUAUACUGUUUCUCUUCUCAUGUAGUUGAAAUUAAAUACCUGUUAUACAAAAAAGCAAAUGUGAAUACUGAGACAUCUUCAGAACAAAGUAUUGCUUAGCUCAAAGUCCUGAGACCUAGGCUUCACUGAACUAGCUUCUGAGCCCUGCCACCAACUUCUCAGACGUCAUUUCUGCAUCUGUUCCUCCAGCUGCAAAAUGAAAAUGGCGAUGCUUCCCAAGCUCACUGACGGACAUUUUGCAAAGUGUCUUUGCAGCAAGGGAGGGAAAAUUGUUCUUGCAAGUGCCAGGUAUUACUCACCAGGGUUCUGUGACCUCAGUGUGGCAGAGGGGUAGAUACAACCCUGCUCUGAAGGGGGUCAGCACAGAUUGGUGCCCGUGCUGCUCAGCCUAAUGGUGUGAGAGGAGGCUCAUUUUUGAUACAUCUUGAAAAUGAAUGUUUUUAUUUAGGGUAUAUGUAUUUUGGCUACCUAUUUGAAGAUUGUUUUGAGACAUGAAACGUACGAAGGUUUUGAGGAGUGCUGAUGAUUAGAAGAGGGCACUGAUGCUAAGAAGAGAUUCUUGUCCCUCUCAGUCUCACUUGACUCACUUGUUACUUUUCUUUUGCUUUCCUUCCUGAACUUCCUUCACAAGAGUCAUCCUCUACUGAUCUUCCUGCUCCUGUUUUUCUGCUAAAGCACUAGCAGCCUUUUCUACACAAAGCUUUCUACACAAAGAUUUCUACACAAAUAAAGAAUGAGUUUCAGUGCUGUUUUAUACCACGAUGCUGUAACAUUAGUUGAUAACAUUUGGUUAAAUAAAUAGGUACUUUUUAAUGUGGCUAAUUUUUAAAAUAAAAAAGAAUGUUGAUCUGCAUUAGGAGUUUUAUAAAAAGGGGCUAGGAAAGUGUCAAGGCAUUCUCCAACAAGAAUGUCAACUGUUUACAGGCUGGUUUGGCCUGGUUCCAUGACUAGCAGAGUGGAGGGACCCAUAGAUCCACACCCAGGAAAGAGAAGAAAGGGGAAAAAAAAAUGGGAAAAGUGUAGAGAGAUGGGCCUAAAGACAGACCAGCGGCAAUGAUCUGAGGAGAAACAAACAAAUUUACUAAACAACAUAUUCAAAUUUAAGAUAACACACUAUAAUACAAUAUAAUACAGUAUAAUCAGAAUUGAAGCUAAUAAAUCAAACAUCAUGAGAGAGUGUCUGAAAACCAAAGACCUUACUCUAAUGCUGUGACGGACGAGAUGGCGCCCGCAACAGAGACAAGCCAGAUGGCCAAAAGAGCCAUCAGGUGACCUACGAAGGUGUUUCAUCUUUUCCCCCUGAGCAGAAAUGAUAACAGAACAGCAAGCAGUCCUCUGGGGCAUGCAGUAGUUCUUCUCUUCUGGGACAGGUAUCCAGACUUGGAGCAUUAACUCUUCAAUUCCCAGUGCACUACAUGAUGUUAUGAUGUGGAAUACUGAUAACCAAACAUCAUAAAACCAUGACAGAAAGCCAGAUAGUUUUUUAGAAGCCCAAUAAAAAACUGAAAACCACCACUUAAAAGGAGCAGACAAAUCCUGAAACUUGUUUUUUCCUGUUUCUUGCUAACACAGCUCCAUACCAACUAAUGAUGUCCUUUAUGGACACACAGCUCAUCUGAGACACUGAAGGGAAGGUCAAGGGUACAAACCUAGUUCCACUACUAAAAUAGACACCAAAAACACAGGGACACAACAUUCAGUGGUGCAACUCCUUUGUCCUUCUGUAAAGAGGCCUGCUGGGAAUUUAAGGCAUGUCCACCACACAAUGUAGGGCUUACUGAGGUGCUUGAUGGUGGGGAAAGGAGGUAAGUAAGGAAGAGAAAAAAAAUCAUGUAUAAUUCAUCAGAAUUAUGUAUUUCAUUUCUUAAUAAUCUAUUUAAGUUUUAUUUUGUCAGUGUUUAUUUCCAACAACUUCUAUUUAUGGAGGCUUCUGUUAAUACCUUCAAUUGGCUUAUUUCAGCCCUCUGCCCAUGUAAUUCAUUUGCAUCAAGUAUGCCUUCCUGCUAACAGUGAUUUAUGAUUUGACUUCUGACAGUUAUUCCAACUACAGCUUUUAUGAGACCAUGAAUUCCUUUCUUUCCAAAGGUGUUUCAGGCAUGAAGGGAGACUAAGCAUGAAAAAAUUACAUUUUAUACAAGCUCAGCAAUAGUGAACGGAGAUAAACUGCUUAAUGCUGGAAUCUAAAGAAAACAGUUAUUUUUGUUCAACAGUAUUCACUUCACCAGUAGUCAAGCAAAAUCUUUAUGUCACACAUGUCUAUUGUAGCUCUUCGCGAGGCUAAGCAGGCAGAGGUCUUGAUGGCUAUCAGCUCCACAAAAGUAGGUGCUAUCAUAAUUUUAACAGGUGUAGACUGUGAGGAGUGGUAGGAGAGGUUCAGUCUCACGUUCUUUAUUUUCUGCUACUUGUUUUCCCAUAACAGUGAAGAUUUAACUCUGAAUACAGCUGUACCGAUUCAGCUAAAACUUUCAUAAAGUCUAAUAGUACUGUAGGAGGACUUGAAAUCAGUCUGAAAAUGUUCACAGUUGUACCUGAGAGAAAUGGAGAAAAAAAAAAAGAAAUCAUUGAGUCCAACACCUCUGCUAAAGCAGGUUCCCUGUGGCAGUCAGACAAGCAGGCAUUCAGGUGGGUCUUGAAUAUCUCCUGAGGAGGCUCCACAACAUCUCUAGGCAGCCUGUUCCAAACAGUAAAGAAGUUACUCCUUGUGUUAGUAUGCAACUUCCUCUGUUCCAGUUAGUGCCCAUUGCCUCCCAUUCUGUUGCUGCUCACCACCAAAGAGUCUGUACCUUCACCUCAACUCCCAUCCUUUGAUAUAUAUGCUUAAACAAUGAUCAGGUAGAGUUUAGUACAUACUUUAGCAUGUAUCAUAGCUGGAAUUCUCAUAUAAAAUCCUCUCUCACUGCUGCUGCUGCUGGUAGUGAGGGCUACACACCCAGGGACUUUAAGCCUGUAUUUCCAUGCUGUACCUUUACUGUAUAAUUCUUCAUCGUUUGAUGAUUGAGAUUUGAGAUUGAGAGUUUGAGAUUGACGGUUAAAGACAGGACAACAAGAUGCUCUGGCCUUUCUAGUUUUAUUGGACUCGAGCUAUGAUUUAUAUUUUGCAUACACAGCUACCCAGCACAGAAUGUGAUCUUACACUGUUGCAGCUCCGUUCCAUCCCCUUAGGCUCCACCACUGGUCAUCAGAAAGAGGAAAUUAGCACCUGUCUUCCCACUUCCUCUUAUAAGGAAGCCACAGGCCAUAAUGAAGAAUCCCUUCAGUCUUCUACUCCCAAGGCUGAACAAAGGGAUCUCAGCUGCUCCUCAUGUGUGUUCCCUUCCAGAUCCUUAAUCCUCUUUGCAGUCUUCCUUUCUGCACUCUCUUGAUAGUUUUAUGUCAUUUUUGUAUUGUGCUGCCAAAAACUGCAGACAGUACUCAAGAUGAGGCUGCAUCAGUGCAGCAUAGAGCAGGACAGUUCCUUCCUUGUCUGGCUCACAGUGCUAGACCUGAUGCACUCUAGGGUACAGUUUGCCUUGCUUGCUGCCUAGGCACACUGUUGACUCACGUUCAGUUUGCUAUUGAUGAAGACCCCUAAAUCUCCUUCAGUAGGGCUGCUCCACAGCAGUCAUCUCAUUUCCCAGUCUGUAUGUACAGCCAGGGUUGCCCCUCCCAAGGUGCAAAAUCCAGCAUUUUUUGUUGUUAAACUUCACGCGGUUGGAGACUGUCUAGCUUUCUUAUGUGUCUGGAUCUCUCUGCAAGGCCUCUCCACCCUUGACAGAGUCAGCAAUUCCUCCCAGAUUAGUAUCAUCAGCAUACUUGCUCAAAACACCUUCUAGUCCUACAUCCAGUUCAAGAAAGCACCAAAGAGAAUGGAACCCUGGGGUUCCCUGUUAGUGACUAGCUGCCAACCUGACGUUAUCCUAUUUACUAUAAUGCUUGGCUUGACCCAUCAAACAAUUGUUCACUCACUGCAUUAUGUUUUUGUCUGGCCAUAUACUGGACAUUUUGUCUAGAAGGAUAUUGAGAAACAGUAUUGAAAGCUUUACUGAAUUCUAAAAGAUAACAUCAACUGAAUUCCCUUGGUCAAUUAGUUGGGUGACCUUGUCAUAAAAGGAAAUUAAGUUACUUAAACAGGACUUUCCCCCUCACGAACCCAUGCUGACUACGACCAAUGACCACAUUUUCCUUCAGGUGUUUUUCAGUAGCUCCCAUCAUAAUUUUCUCCAUAAUUUUACCAGGCACUGAUUGAAAGGCCUGUAAUUAUCAGUGUCUUCCUUCUUGCCCUUCUCUAUUCUCUGCCAUUAGUGAUGUCACCUCCCUCCAGCUGUGAUGCAGGCAGGCACUCUGGCAACUCACAGUCCACCCUGCAGUGAGCCAGCCCCAGACGUGUGAUAAUGUCUGGUUUAGCAGCAAGGUACAAGGAUCUUUGUGCUGUUGUCAUUGACACAGGGAUGGGCCACACCAAGAGCGGGCUGGCCGGGGAUGAGAGGCCACGAUCAGUGGUGCCCAGCCAGGUCAAGGAUGGCUCCAUUCUCACUCACGGUGUGGUCACUGACUGGGACGGGUUGGAAGAGCUGUGGCAUCGCAUAUUCUACCACGAUUUGGCUGUGUGCCCUGAGGAGCUGGCUGUGCUGGCCACCGAUGCCCCGCUGUCCCCUAUUGUCAACCGUGAGAAGGUGGCCGAGCUCCUCUUCGAGGGCUUUGGUGUGCCAGCCAUGCUUGUGAUGCCCCGCUCUGUGCUUGUUGCCUAUUCCUAUGGCUGUACCACUGGUGUGGUGCUGGGCUCUGGUGCCGGCACAUCUUAUGCAGUGGCAGUACAGGACGGCUACGUGCUGCCCCAUGCCUCCUUCCGACUGGACUUGGCCGGGAAUGAUCUCACAUUCUACCUGGGCCAGAUGCUGGCAGCCCGCGGACUGCAACUGCCAGCAGAGACACUCCAGCACCUGAAGGAGACACGCUGCUGUUGCCACCCACCCGGUGCCCACUCUGAGCCCAUGGGGCCCCUCCUUCAAGAUGAGUACUCCCGCUGUGCUGAGGCCCUCUUCACCCCUAAGGUCCUUGGAGUCCCAGGCCCGGGGCUACUAGAGAUGGCGGCCCGCUCCCUGCACCUCAGUGGAGCCCAACCUGGUAACCCCCCACUGCUGCUGGCUGGAGGCACCACACUGCUGUGUGGCUUUGCUCAACGUGUGGCUCAGGGUCUGGGCAGCGAGCACCCUGCUGCUGCCCCCAGCCGCCAUAUUGCUGCCUGGCUAGGAGGCUCCAUUGCUGCUUCACUUGAUGCCUUCCAGGGCUCAUGGCUUCCUCGGGAUAUAUACAUCGAGAGCGGCUCCAGUGCUGUGCACCGGUAUUGCUUCUGA